AUGGCCAGGUGGCUUCUGGUCGCGCUGAUGUCGGGAAUGGUUGUGAGUAACAGCCUCAGUGCGCCCGACACCUUCCCACCACCGCCCGAUUCCUCUUUCCAACCUGCCGAUGUCACAGACCAAUCCGAUGAAGCGCAUGAUGCAAGAUCUGACACAGGGCCAGAUGACAGGAAAUACGCGCAGGUGAAGCCCCCACUUCUUCCUCCCACAGACAUAGGUGAGUGUGCCAUAAACCCAUGUCAACAUGGACGCUGUGUGCUGAACAAAGAUGGCGGAUACCACUGCAACUGCCACAAUGGCUGGACUGGAAACAAUUGCCAGAUAGACAUAGAUGCCUGUGCCAAAAACACAUGCCAAUAUUCACUGUGUGAUGUCGGCGGGAAAUGUACCUGCAAACGAUGGACUGGACCGAACUGUCAGCGAGACUUAUUUGCGUGUAGCAAAAUACGCCCAUGUCAACAUGGAGACUGUGAGGACACAUAUGGCGGAUACAAAUGUACCUGCUUCGCUGGAUGGACUGGAGAGAACUGCCAGAUAGACAUAGAUGAGUGUGCCACAAACCCAUGCCAACAUGGACACUGUGUGGACAAAGAUGGCGAAUACAAAUGCAUCUGCUCGCCUGGAUGGACUGGACAGAACUGUGACCAAAACAUAGAUGAGUGUGCCAAAAACCCAUGCCCAAAUGGACGCUGUGAGAACAAAGAUGGCGGAUACAAAUGUAUUUGCCAUCCUGGAUGGACUGGAAAGAACUGUCAGCAAGACAUUAAUGAGUGCACCAGGAACCAUAUUCGGCCCCGGAAGCCUUGCGAACAUGGAACCUGUGUGAACAUAGAGGGUGGAUACAAAUGUGUCACCUGCUCACCUGGAUGGACUGGACAGAACUGUCAGCAACAAUAUAUCAAUGAGUGCAACAGACACCCUGGGCCUUGUCAGCAUGGACGCUGUGUGAACAAAGAUGGCGGAUACAAAUGUACCUGCUCACCUGGAUGGACUGGACAGAACUGUCAGCAAGACAUAAAUGAAUGUGUCAGGAAACCUUGUCAACAUGGACGCUGUGUGAACCAUGAUGGCGGAUAUAGAUGUCGGUGCGAGGGUGGAUGGACAGGACAGAACUGUGACCAAGACAUCAAUGAGUGUGUCGGAAAUCCCUGUCAACAUGGAACAUGUAAGAACCAAGAUGGCGGAUACAAAUGUACCUGCUCACCUGGGUGGACUGGACAGAACUGUCAGCAAGACAUAGAUGAGUGUAUCAGAAACCUCUGUCAACAUGGACGCUGUGUGAACCAAGAUGGUGGAUACAAAUGUACCUGCUCAGCUGGAUGGACUGGAAAGAACUGUCAGCAAGACAUAAAUGAAUGUGUCAGGAAGCCUUGUCAACAUGGACGCUGUGUGAACAAAGAUGGCGGAUACAGAUGUGAGUGCCAACAUGGAUGGAGAGGACAGAACUGUGACCAAGACACAAAUGAGUGUGCCGGGAAUCCCUGUCAACAUGGACGCUGUGUGAACAAAGACGGCGGAUACAAAUGUACCUGCUCACCUGGAUGGACUGGAAAGAACUGUCGACGAGACAUAAAUGAGUGUGCCAAAAAUCCCUGUCAACAUGGACGCUGUGAGAACAAAGAUGGCGGAUACAAAUGUACCUGCUCAUCUGGAUGGACUGGAAAGAACUGUCGACGAGACAUAGAUGAGUGUGCCGGAACCCCAUGCCUACAUGGAAGCUGCGCGAACAAAGAUGGCGGAUACAAAUGUACCUGCUCACUUGGAUGGACUGGACAGAACUGUCAGCAAAACAUAGAUGAGUGUGCCAAAAAUCCGUGUCAACAUGGACGCUGUGUGAACAAAGAUGGCGGAUACAAAUGUACCUGCUCAGCUGGAUGGAUUGGAAAGAAUUGUCAGCACGACAUAAAUGAGUGUAGGAGAAAUCCUUGCCAACAUGGACGCUGUGAGAACAAAGAUGGCGGAUACAAAUGUACCUGCUCACCUGGAUGGACUGGAAAGGACUGUCAGAAAGACAUAGAUGAGUGUAUCAGAAACCCGUGCCAACAUGGACGCUGUGUGAAUAAAGAUGGCGGAUACAAAUGUACCUGCUCACCUGGAUGGACUGGACAGAAGUGUCAGCAAGACAUAGAUGAGUGUGCCAAAACUCCCUGUCAACAUGGACGCUGUGAGAACAAAGAUGGCGGAUACAAAUGU